CGUCUCAGUCCGUCCAACAACCCAUCCCCCCCUGAGUCUGCCAAACCUGCUUUUUCUUUCCUGAUGGUUGCCUGCUGCUACUGCUGCUGCUGCUGCUGCUGCUGCUGUUGCCGCUGCCGCUGCCGCUGUUGCUGUCGUCCGUCCCUUUCCUCCUCCUCCUCUCUUGACAUUCCUCCACAUCCACCCCGAGAGGAGACAUACACACGCCGCGCCCACCAUGCGUGCCCUAUCGCGCUCCCUUCAACAGCUUCCAAUCUGGCUGUGUCUGGCCAGUAGUCUAGCUCAGGCCGACCUCAACAUUCAAGUCAACGAUGCUAACUCCCUUGCGACUGCCGGCACGGCCAUCGCCGACCCCAUGAUGACCUUCUACCAACAAAAUCAAACCGAAGGCAUCCCCGGAAAGCUCACCGACACCUGGUACGUUGCCGGCAGCAUGUUCAUGACCCUCAUCCAAUUCUGGCAGGCGUCGGGCGUCGAUACCUACAACUCGGUCGUCUCGCAUGACCUGAUGUUCCAGGCCGGCGAGAAUUACGACUUCUUCUCCGCCAAUUACAGUCAGUGGCUGGGUAACGAUGAUCAAAUGUUCUGGGGGUUGGCCGCGAUCACUGCUUCCGAGGCUGGCCUACCCGAGCGGGAUGGCAAGCCGUCGUGGACCUCGCUUGCGCGCGCCGUGUUCAACAUGCAGGUCAAUCGCUGGGAUAACGAGACCUGCAACGGAGGCAUGCGGUGGCAGGUCUGGCCGUACCAGGCGGGGUACACCAUGAAGAACGCCAUCUCGAACGGAGGCCUGUUCGAGCUGUCGGCCCGACUGGCCCGCUUCACCAAGAACGAAACGUACGCUGAAUGGGCGGAGAAGAUCUGGGACUGGUCCUCGACGACACCAUUAUUGAACACAAACCUUACGAUCUGGAACAUCGCCGAUUCGACAUCCAAUGAGGCCAACUGCAAGGACGCGGGUAACAACCAGUGGACGUACAACUACGGGACGUAUCUAUCGGGAGCGGCCUUCAUGUACAAUUACACCAAUGGAAGCGCUGUUUGGGAGGAGCGCGUCAGCCGCCUGCUCGAUUCAACCUUCGCAAAGUUCUUCCCGACUCAGUUUAGCAGCACCAACUACGGCAAUGGCUCGGUUCUGUCGGAGGUGGCAUGCGAACCGAUCUUAUCGUGCGAUCGCAACCAGCUCUGCUUCAAGGGCUACGUAGCCAUGUGGUUGGCGUUCACGGCGAUCCUAGUGCCGUCCAAGAGGGAUCUCAUUGCUCCCAAGCUCGCAGGGUCCGUCGAGGCCAUCGGCUUGCAGUGCUCGGGUACGGCCGAAGGGAUGAGCAACCUGUGCGGCGUGCGCUGGUACCAGCCGUCGUGGGACGGCUCGCUGGGACUUGAAGUCCAGAUGAGCGCGCUGGGCGGCGUCACGUCCCAGCUGAUGCUGCUGGCCAGUCAAUCGCCGCAGACGAUCGACACCAAUCCCAACGCCACGGAGCACCACAUCGACACGAGCGCCGACGAGAAGAACCCGUCAGAAUCGAAGCCCAUCACGACGGCCGAUCGCGCCGGGGCGUGGAUUCUGACGAUCAUGUUGGGAAGUGGUGCGAUUGGAUGUGUGGGCUGGCUAAUCAAGACCCAAUAGUCUUUUUUUGUGUUGUGUUUCCAGGGAGUUACGGUUUCCGAUUGGGUGGUCUGUAUACCACAUUGUUUUUGAGUCUCUG